GCAGGCUCUAACUCCAUGGCAUGGGUUAAGAUGUUCAAGAAACCCGGAGGGGGCAUGAAAAAGUCCUACCAGCCUGGGAGCAUGCUGUCACUCGCGCUCACCAAAGGCCUGCUGAACGAGCCCGGGCAGAACAGCUGCUUCCUAAACAGCGCUGUUCAGGUGCUUUGGCAGCUGGACAUCUUCAGGAGAAGUCUGAGGCAGCUCUCGGGUCACUUCUGUCUGGGGGAUGGCUGCAUCUUCUGUGCUCUAAAGAGUAUAUUCAGCCAGUUCCAGCAGAGCAGAGAGCGUGUGCUUCCCUCCGACAGCCUGCGGAACGCCCUGGCUGAAACCUUCAAGGACGAGCAGCGCUUCCAGCUGGGCCUGAUGGACGACGCUGCCGAGUGCUUUGAGAACAUCCUGGAGCGAAUCCAUUUACACAUCGUCUCAGACACAGCGACCGAUGCUUGUUCAUCCAAAUCCUGCAUCACACAUCAGAAGUUUGCAAUGAUGCUUUAUGAGCAGUUUGUGUGUCGCUGUUGUGGUGCAUCUUCAGAUCCACACCCGUUCACAGAGUUUGUUCAUUAUGUCUCGACCACUUCAUUAUGCCAACAGGUUGAUCGAAUGUUGGGAAAGAACGAGCGGCUCAGGUCCGACAUGUUUGGAGAAUUGCUGCAGGCAGCAAACACAACAGGGGACCUCCGCAGCUGCCCGAGCGACUGUGGUCAGAGCAUCAAGAUCCGCCGUGUGCUCAUGAACUGUCCAGAGAUCGUGACCAUAGGAUUCGUGUGGGACGCCGAGCAGUCGGAUCUCACGGACGAUGUCAUCCGGUCGCUUGGCCCCCGUUUGAACCUGUGUGGGCUUUUCAACCGGGUCACUGAUGAAAAUGCCAAACGGAGCGAGCUACAUCUGGUGGGGAUGAUCUGUUUUUCGAGUAAACAUUACUCAGCUUUUGCCUAUCACACCAAAUCUUCAAAAUGGAUGUUUUUUGACGAUGCUACUGUAAAGGAGAUCGGAUCCAAAUGGAAAGAUGUGGCCUCGAAAUGCAUCAGGGGACAUUUCCAGCCUCUUCUCUUGUUUUACACUAAUCCUGAGGGAAGUCCAGUGUCCAAUGAAGACGCACCGAGACAAACCACAAUGUGUCCCCGCUACAAAGGACAAGUAAAUGGUGACGUGACAGUGAAACAUCCCAUCUGCAGCCCUCACAAAUACCAGGAACCUUUCAUGGAGAAUUUGCAGAGGCCUGGUGAAACCUCAAGAAAGGAGCGAGGGCAUCGGAGAACGGAUCCGUCGACACACAAAGAGACGCCACACACGACAUCUUCAUCCCCUCCAGAGAACGGACUGAGGCCUUCUGCAGAACACAAAUCCAAAAGUCACCCACGCACUGAGAAGUCAUCGAACCAUCCGAGCAGAGGGUCCCAGGAGCCUCGUGGACAGUCUGUGGGUACGCAGGGCGGGGGGCAGAAGAACCACCCCUCCCCGAGUCGCUACGACCAGGACUGCUGCCAGGAGCAGUGGGACAGAGGGGGAGGCGGAGGAGGCCGCAUCAAAUCCAAGUCCACCUGGAGACCCAUCCGGGAGGUGUUGAACGUGGACACCGUGCUGAGCGAGCUGGAGCAGCGCCGGCAGCAGCAGCAGGACAGCCCGCGGCGCGCCCGGCCCUCCCAGGACAGGGUGCACGUCGAACCAAGUCGAGAGCGCGAGAGGGAGUUUGUACGAACCCGAGAAGAUCGGAAGCAGCAGAAGUGUUUGAUGACCAUCUACGAGGACGAGCAGAGGCACGAGACCGAGAGCCACAGCUCCGUGGAGUCGGAGAGCAGGGCCAACCAGCAGAGGGGCGGCCGGCUGGCAGGCGGCCCCAAGACGCUGCUGAGGAGCGAGACCUGGAUCAUCACGAGGACGGAGUCCGGCUACGAGAGCAGCGACAGACUCAGCAGCGGCUCCACCAACCCGGACUCACCGGGGGUCGAUGGCUUCGCUGUUAAAGACCAGAGGUCAACACCAGAGGCACAGCUGCAAAGCCUGUUGCAUCAGAAAGGAGACGACGCAAAGUCAAGUACAGCGUCGUCACCUUCACACAACGGUAAACAUCAUGCCAAACCUCAGGGAAAGAACCACGACCAAGUUUCACAUUCACAUCUGAAGUGCAGUCCAUGUUCAAGACGGAAAUCAAAGUACACGUCCGGCACCUCCAGGAAAGCUGUGUGCUCCGAGCGGGACUCCACUGGCUGUGAGAACUGGCCGUGUGAUCAUCAGGAGCUGGUGAACUGUAGAGAAAGUACAGCCCUGAGGCACAUCACCAAAACCAGCAGCUCCGAGUGGAACAGCUCCGACGACCUCGCCCUCUCCGAGUCCGAGGACAGAGAGAGCACUUAUCGCUCCAGCAACAGCGAGGCCGCCGCCUCCGAUCCCCAGUGUCCUCACAUGACGCCGCCCUACCAGCCGCCCUGCAGUGUGACCGCAGAGCCCAUGAGCAAUCAGCGUCCGCUCAGCACCGCGGGGUCGCCUCACCUCCGACCCUCCCAGCGGAUCCCUGCUCACCCGGCUGAAUCCAGCCACGCCGCGUUUCGCCCGAGGAUGCUCCAAGAACCCUCACCGCCGAGUCCUCGUCUUCCCUCCACGUCCUACGUCAGUCCUCUCCGGAGGCCCGACUUGUCUGGCCUCCGAACCUUCUCGGACGCGAGCUCCAGGUCGGGCUCGGACCCGGAGAGGAGCACGCCGUCGUCCUGCGACAGCGAGGAGCGACUCGGCGGAGGCGGAGCGGAGCAGGCGGCGGCGGCUCAAGAGGUUUCUCUGACAACCUACUUCACCGUGGAUAACUGCAUGACGGAAACGUACCGUCUCAAGUACCACAACCAGAGGCCUCUGGUCCUCUCAGCCACGGUGCCGCGGACAGUGGUCACGACGGAGCGCAGAGAUACCAGCCACACACUCCCCACCGACACACACUCACAAGACGUGCCAAAAACCAGACCUGAAACAAGCCAUAAUAGCAAUAAACCCACUGCAAAAUGGAACCCGGUGACGGCCAAAGGACUGGACGAUCGUGGUUUCUUAUGAGUGUUGAGUCGGUACGUUGUGUUUACGGAGAUGGACUGUGGUCAGUUGAGAAUUAACUGGAUGCCAAAGAGCUUAGGGAAUGGAAAGAUGUUCUGAAGCGUGACAUCUCCAAACUGAGUGGACUUUAUUUAUGCAAGCUCGUCACUGAAGAAAAAUGUCUAAAAAGCUGUUACGUAUUGUUUGAUGGAUUUUCAACCGUCACAUUUAUCGUCUUCCAUUCUCCUGCUGCAUUGCUGCGAGAAGAUAUUUGUUUUUACCAAAAUCUAGACUGUUUCCAGUUUGCACAAAAAGAGUCUUUCGGUCACUUUAACUCAAGUUUAAAAUGUUUAUUUAUUUAUUUUUUACAGCAGUUCUGCAAAAGUGCUGCAGAACUGUGAUGUACUGAUAUGGUGAGCUACCGGUAGAUGGAUUGUACUGUGGUAUGAGGCGUGAUAACAAAUCACAGCACGAUGACAUGAAAUGGUUUGUUGAAUUCCCUUCGUCAGAACAUGAUGUCAUUCUACUCAACGAAAUAAAACCUACCGGUCGAGGUUUGACUCCUCAGCAGAUAUGGACUGUUUAAAAAGAUGGAUGACACGUCUCCACUUCCACUAUCCAGAAAUGUAGCUAAGAUAUCCUGGAUGCGAGUGGAACCAUCUUCCUCCUCUGCACACAGUAGGAACUGCGGCGCCGAGGUCUCAUCGAUUCAUGCGUUUGACCAAUCCUGAGUCUGUCUCAGCUGUCAAUCACGAUGUUUAACCCCCAUUUUUUAUAGCAUCAAAUUACUAUUUAAAACCACAUACUGGAAAAAUGUAUAUUUAAACAAACAACAGUGUGCUAACAACAACAACUACCUAAAAUGAUUGAAACCAUAUUUAGGGAAAAAGUUAUUUGAGUUUGGGUCAGGCGACAUGUUUCUGUACAAAUUCAGAGAAAAGUAAUCGAGGCCAACUUUGACCGUCUGGGUCAUUGUGUCCUUGUGCAGUUGAUAUGAGCCGCACUAAAGCUCCCUCUCCCUCACAGGUGGUUACUACUUGUUUUCCUCAAAAGUAAACACGCGCAGUGUAUAAACAAAUCUGUCCUGAGGUGCAAGGGUCAAGCAUCCACGCUCCACUUUGAUCCAUGGGUUUAUGAACGCUACUCCUGCCACCCAGCAGGUGGCGAUCAAGACAUUUAGGCUUCACUUUUGGGGAGCCGUCAUGUCUUCCAUCUUUACAGUCAUGAUUGGCGGUAGUGUCACUGAAGGAGGCUGAAUCAGCGAGAGUGAGACGCUCAUUGACUUUCUGCACAUCGAGGGCUUUGGCUCACCAGGGAGCAGACGUGGCAACACUUUAAUUUAGUUAGUGAUUCGUCUCAUCUGUUAUCACUUAUCAGCUCUUUCACAACAUUUAUUAGUCGAUGAAUGACAGUCCACCUCCUCGGCCGUAAAACAAAAACAAAUCUGUGGAAAGAGCUUCUUGUUCAUUUGUACAUUUCUUUGGGAAACAACAAAUCAAUCACUGAUAAAUAUGUAGAGAACUUUCAGAGACAGCCCUCAGGUUAUGUGUCACUAAAUUCCAUCAUGUAAACUUGUGUAGUCGAACCUCGAUCCUUCUAAUCCUUUUUUUUUUUAAACUCAGUGAUGUCAAAUUGUAUUUUCUCAGUCUUCCUGUUGAAGUUGAAAUAUUUAAACAGGUGUGUAAUUGCAGGUAUUUUCCUAAAGAUGCCAAUAUAGGUAAUUUGCCUAUCCGAUAUUAUUAUCAUUAUUGACCGUACAACAAAUAUUCUUGUCAAUAGGAUUAAUGUUCUAAAACCUGCAUGUGGCCUUUACAGAAGUCUUAAUAGCUGCGUGUACAGCUUGAGCAUGAGCAUGAAAAUACUGGACUGAGUCCAACGAACAGAAAUUCUAUUGGAUUUUACUUAAUGGUAAUAAAGUAAAUUCAUUAAAUGUCAUUUUGUUACUGCAGUUGAUUUGGAAACGUUUUAAUGCUUGAAUAAUCUGCUGUUUAUGAAUCCAUUGUAAAUACAAACAUAUAAUGCGAACAACACGACUGUCCGAGACAAACUAUGCAUCCACUGACGGUUACUUUGAGAUUAUUUUGACGGCACAUUUCAGUGUUUUUUAAGCUUUGUAUUGUGUCCAUCAGACAUUCCUGAGAAUACACAUUAAAAAGAAAUCUGUGUUUUCAACUUUCAAAUAUUUUGUCACUUUCCUGAUCAUCCUGCCAUUUAUACAUGCACGUGUUUUGUUAAUUUUAUUUGCAUUGUUGUCUCUCUCAGCUGCACACACUGAGUCACUAUACUUCAUGUUUGUGUCCGACAUUGUGGAUAAUAAUCACACACAAAGUAAAUGGGAACAUCUUGCAUUUUUCAUGUUAUAUUUAUAUUUAAAUCUAAGAAAAAAGAGGCAUAAAAUGUACCUCAGCAAUUUGAAAAAGGUUUUUUGAUUAAUUUGAAUUCAACUAAGCGCGGUGACACAUGCAAAGAUUCGAUUGUGCUGAGGUGAUUAUAAUUAAAUCUAUUCUCGAACUAAUGACAUAAAAGUCGUUCAAUUACUGGACAAGAUGAAGCUGAGUUGAAUAUAUUAACCGGGUUUCCUCCAUGUUGUCUCACCUGCAAAGUGUUUUCCCUGGUUAGUUGUGUGACAAAUUGUUUUAACAUUUAUUUAACAGUAUUUUUUAUUCUAAUUUAAUUUUCUGUAUCUGUAAAGAAAAAAGAAAAUGAGAUUUCUUUUAUUGUUUUCAGUUUUUUAUUUCACACUCUGAACUUUGUGUCUUCAGUUGUAUCGAGAGUGCCUUGAAGUUUUCGGUGGGACAUUUUUUUUGUUGUGCGUGCAUACGUGUGUGUGUGUGUGUGUGUGUGUGUGAGUGAAACCACACUUACAGAACGAGGGAGAUGAGUGGAAGUGAUUGGAGAGGUCAUGUCCAAACUUUUGAAUAUGCAAUGCUAAUAGUGACAUAUCUGGUGACACUCCUCUGUGUGCACCGUUGAUCUGUAUUUGAAGGGUGGUGCUGUGCCAGGUCUAAUUCUCCUAUUGGCCCUUUCAGACUUGGAAGCAGCAGUUUGCUCCUCUUGCAGCAGCAAUUGGCAGGUUUCAUAUAUCGUAG